ACCGAGGGAGCAGAAGCCCCAGAGGUACUAUGGAUUGGUUUCACUACAUGCUUCUAGGUCUUAACGCGUUGCUCCUUGUACUCUUUAUAGCGCGAUCCGCUCCGCAACACUGGGUGGUGCCAGCAGCCAGCGGAGCGGGGGAAGCCGCAUCCGCGGAAGGCGCAAUUGCGGGGGGAGUGUCGCUGCGCAUGUCCGCCUGGGGGGAGUCGUGGGAGCAUUGGGGGAAGCGUUUGAUGCUGGGGAAACUGCGGAAAGCGCUGGGGGAGCUGUGCGCCUUCCGCGUGUCCGUGCGCGCGCCCGCGCACUGGGCGGAGGAAGUGCUGCAGGCGCGGAAGCGCAGCUGGUGGAAGCGCGAGCUGACCGUUACAAUGCGGGGGCCGCCUCGGGGGCGGGGGACGUGCGGUGCCUGGACCCCCCGCGCUGCAGGGAGAUGAGUGUCGCCUACCGGCUGUGGGAUGUCGGGGAAUACUUCUCAGCACGACCUUGUCACCUGGCGCCUCACCGUUCUGCACCGCACCACACCCAACUCCACACACGCGGAGCUUCACAGCAGCAGCAGCAGGAGUCUCGCCUCUGGUGCAACUGCCGACUAUCCCGCCCCACAAUCAGAUCAAAUCUCACCCGAGAAACCCACCCCUCACUUCCCCACCUCCAAGCAACCACGCCACACCUAAACCCUCCCGAAGCCAACCCCAGACUAGGCUCUCUCCUCCCUGCAAACCCCUGUGCGGGU